AAACUCCUCUUUUAUCUUGCCUUAAACACCAUGACGAUGGCAUCUUUAACCAAUACUUCUCUUCUAAUUUUCUCUUGUUUGCUUGCCGUUUCACUCUCGGUCUCGGGUCGACCAGCCACUUUCCUCGAAGAUUUUAGUGUCACUUGGUCCGAUUCCCACAUCAGGCAGAUCGAUGGAGGGAGGGCCAUCCAACUUGUUCUAGACCAAAGUUCAGGCUGUGGAUUUGCUUCCACAAGGCAGUAUCUAUUUGGACGUGUCAGUAUGAAGAUCAAGCUCAUCCCCGGUGACUCUGCAGGAACAGUCACUGCCUUCUACAUGAAUUCUGAUACAGACACCAUAAGAGACGAGCUAGAUUUCGAGUUCUUAGGAAACCGAACCGGGCAGCCUUAUACUGUCCAAACCAACAUCUAUGCUCAUGGAAAAGGUGAUAGAGAACAAAGGGUUAACCUCUGGUUUGAUCCUGCUGCAGAUUUCCAUACUUACACGAUCAUGUGGAACCAUCAUCAUAUUGUGUUUUAUGUUGAUGAAGUACCGAUCAGAGUGUAUAAGAACAACGAAGCAAGAAAUAUCCCAUACCCAAAAAUGCAGCCUAUGGGGGUAUAUUCAACACUGUGGGAAGCCGAUGAUUGGGCAACAAGGGGAGGCCUAGAGAAAAUCGAUUGGAGCAAAGCUCCUUUCUUAGCUUACUACAAGGACUUCGACAUCGAAGGGUGUCCGGUUCCAGGGCCAGCAAACUGUGCCACCAACGCCGGGAACUGGUGGGAAGGCACUGCUUAUCAAGCACUCAAUGCCAUGGAAGCUAGGAGAUACCGGUGGGUUCGAAUGAACCACAUGAUCUACGAUUACUGCACCGACAAGUCGCGGUACCCAGUUACACCACUGGAGUGCAUGGCCGGCAUCUGAAACACCAUCUAAAGUUUCCGUAUCCAACUCAACUGUCCAGGAUAUACGAUAUAUCAUACGUUUCACGUCAUACUUGACGUAUAUGUCUCUCCCUUUGUACCAUAAUAGUAUGUCACAAGAGGACCAUGCAAAACUUCGGGUCAUAAAAAGGGAAGUAAGCUGGUCUUGCGUGCAAAUUAUUUAUGGAACAGGAUUGGGCAAAAUUCAAUUCCUAUUUGUAGAGAAUGGAUAUCUCUGUAUCUGGUGCAUAUUAUUUUGUGCCCAAUUAAAAAAACAUUAGUCUGAUGUAUAAUUAUUUAAUUGAACUUUAA